UUCAUCGUUCCACUCAGAAUCUAAAAUAAUUGUAAACAAUAAUAAUCUGUAUUAAUUACAUUUCAACGAUAUAAUAUGAUCACCUUGAUGAUAAACGUGUGUAUAAUUUUUAUUAUUGACACAAACAUAAUACCCAGUACAAUAUAUUAUUGUAGUAGUCCAACUGAUUGUUUGAGGCAGUCAAAUACCGAAAAAAUAUUUAUACGACCAUAGUCUAUGACACACUCUGCUCGGUCACAAUUCGACACGUUGGAAUUACUUCCGUUCUACAUAACAUUAUGUGUGUUUUUAUAUUAAUUUAAAGUUACGAUGCAAAUACGGACCACCUACGUACGAAACUACAACUAUAGGUACCUACUAUUGGCGCGACGAGAAUUUUCGAAAAAAAUCUUGAUUUGACUUAAAUGCUCAAUCGCGCGCGCGUUGCACAGGAGGGGUUUCAAUGCGUUAUACAUGAACCACCAUAAUAUUAUGUUCCAUAAUAAUAUAAUAUUAUAUUAUAGCUAUGGAUCGUUUAUUACGCCAUAAAAAUGUUUGAAAAUAAAAUAACGAAAUUUAUGGCAGCACGCCGGAAAGAAAAAAAACGUCAUUAUUAAUAAAACGACAGUAAUAACGAUGACAUUCAAACGUAUUAUUAUACUGCAGUAUAUAUAUUAUAUUACUAUACCGAGGUUUAAGAUUCAGUUGGGAGCUUAUACUAUGAAUAGGUUUUUAGCCAACAUUAUGAUUUGUAUAUUAUUGUUAUUGUCAAUACUAUAUCAAUACUAUAUUCCAUGCGUACCUAUACACCUAUAGUGUCCUUGUAUAAUAUUAUUAUUAUAAUAGUCCAUAUAAUAGGUACGUACCAUACCAAAACCAAACUCUUUCAGUGUACGGGAUCACAAUAAGCAUAUAAAAAUUAUAUAUUUUUUCAAGUGUCGUAUUUUCACUGACAUUUUUAACUCGAUACUGAUGAUCAUUUUUACAGUUGUUUCUUUCGAACCGAUAUAGAUUUGAACACACAUGGACACUUAUACACUAUACAUAUUAUGUGUAUAAUAUAGGGGAUUCACUCUAUGUAAACUGUCACACGCGAAACGAUUAAGUUUGAUGAGCCCGUAAUAUAUUACACGUAUUUAACACGAAAUGUGAUUUAUUAGUCAGUAAUAAACGGCCUCCGAUCAGAAUGGUUUUUCAAACGCAAUUAUUCAUGAUCAGACAUAAUAUUGGAUCAGACAUAUUGGUUCACGUCUAAAAUGACAACCCUUCAUGUCACGGCCCACCCACAGUGAGCCGAUGAUAUACUGCAGUAUGCGUGCGAAGUGUCCAUCAUUAACACCAAACAUUUUAAACUCUCAUAAUUUAUAAUAAUAUUAUCGUUUUUGCGUAACUAUCAAACUAACACGAAUAUCAAUAAUAGAUAAUAUUCCAAAUUUAAUGACGUUGUCUUGUAAUAUUUAUCACUUUAAAUCUUUUACGUGUUUGUACUUUGGAUCAGCGUUUCUCGACCUGUGAUACGCACGUACCACUAGUGGUACGUGGAAAGCUCAUAAGUGACGUGCAAAAGGAUGGACCGGAGCCAGAGUUUUUGAAUCCCAUGGAAAAUGUCACCGUUGCUUUGGGGCGGGAAGCGAUUUUGGUGUGUUCGGUGAAAAACAUCGGAGAACACAAAGUUGGCUGGUUAAAAGCAGAAGAUCAGACCAUACUAAGCUUACAUGAACGUGUGGUUACCGAAAACCGAAGGAUAGAUAUAGAUGUGGAUAACAACACAUAUUGGAGACUCAAGAUUCGGCAACUACAAAGAUCCGACAAAGGAUGUUAUAUGUGUCAGAUUAACACGCAUGUUAUGAAGAAACAAAUUGGUUGUGUAGACGUGAAAGUUCCACCGGACAUCAAAGACGAAGAAACCAUAUCUGAUAUCACUGUGAAUGAAGGUGAAAACGCUACGUUGGCGUGUAAGGCCAAAGGCAAUCCACUACCAAGAAUUACUUGGAAGCGAGAGGAUGGUCAUAAAAUAGCUAUAAGAAACAAAUCGAAAAAAACAUUAAUGGAUAAGGUACGUGGAGAACCGCUGUUGCUCAACAAAGUAGACCGCAGUCAGAUGGGACAUUAUUUGUGCAUAGCGUCCAACGAUGUACCGCCGGCUGUUAGCAAGAGGAUCACGUUAAAUGUUAACUUUUCUCCAGUAGUCUGGGUGACAAAUCAGAUAGUAAGUGCACCACUUAAAACACACGUGCGACUGGAGUGUUUUGUAGAAUCGUUUCCCAAUUCCGUCAAUUAUUGGUCCAAUGAAAAAGGAGACAUGAUUCUUCAAGGACCAAAGUACUAUAUAGAAGAAGUUAAAACCAACUACAAAGUAAAUAUGUAUCUCAAUAUUCAGAAUUUGGAUACAAGUGAUCUGGGAGCGUACAUAUGUUUGGCGAGAAAUUCUAUGGGACACGCGAAUAGUUCAGUACGAGUACACAAGAUAAUAUUGCCGACGACUACCGUUGCACCAACUACAUCCACGACAACCGCCGCCACCACUACCACAACCACAACGACGUUACCGUCUACCACAAGAUCGGUCGCUACCUCGACAGUGAUACCAUCACCAGCAACAAAAUGGAAAAGCUAUACAAUAUCUGGUGACCGGAAAUCAGGAGGCAAAAUGGAUGACAAAACCGGUCUGCGGAUGAACGGCAUCGAGUCGGCUGGUGAGAUGGAGACGAAAAGCAGCAGCCACCGGGCAAGUCGCGGUUCGAGUCGGGUCCGCCGGUCAAUGGUCAGCCAAUCUGUGAGCAUCGCGGCUGAGCUGGCGUUCCUGGCCGCCGCCACUGCCAGCUGGUCGACAGGCUGUCCAGUGGACGCCGCCAUAGGUGGACUGGUGUCGCUAGCGCUUGCCGUUUCGCCGCCACUGAUCCUGUGGCUCCUGAACUGAACCCUAUGAGGAGACGUACACAACUACUGAUGCCACUACAGGCCGCACACUAAAGGGGCGUACACAAGUGGCGUGUGUUGAGACGAAACCCGAAAUCGGACUUUGAAACAUUUUGUCGUUUUAAACAUGUUUUUUUAUUUUUCUCCACCAUCCCCUUAUCCAUAGAAGAAUACCGCGUAUUACGUCACUGGCCACCAAACCGACGUCACCACAUUACCGUGACCGCUAGGUACCUAACGGCCGUGGUAUAUGUGGUCACAGCCUUCCCACCCGCCAAUCUUCUACCAAUAAUAAUGAUACUAAUUAAAUUUCAUUACGUCUGCGUGUUCGGGUAUGCGAUUGAAACCAAAUUAACGUGAUCGCCGAUAAGUAUGCGUACACAAAACAUAACCUGGGUUGCGGUUAAACGUUGUUGAAUCGUCAUCUCUAUAAUGUUUAAUGAGUACGUUUUUACAUCCACAUAAAAUCCGUUAGGUAUUAUAAUCUGUGCUGUAAUAACAUUCAGUUGUUUGAUUCGAAAUAUUUACAAUCACAUUACCGUUUGACGUGUUAACAUUUAUACACCUUGAACAAUUAAUUCAGAAGUCACUUACAUUUAUUCGAUUGAUUUCAAACGAAUUCACAUGAUACCUGUUAACUCAUUCUUUUGGUUUUCAUCGAUAAUCAUUUUUUUUUUGAAAAAUUGACGUUCAAUCUAUAACAAAGAUCAUAAAAUAGGAAAAUGGUUAUAACGUAUAUCGUCUUUGCUCGUUCGUUACGGACUUAUAAUAUGUUAUCUUUUGGAUCGUAUCAAAACUGAAACCUUGUCAACAUUUUACCGGUAUAGAAACUAAUUCAACAACUUGGAACACUUGUUAAUCACGAUAUCCGUCGAACAAACUUUUUCUGGUAAUUGGAACAAUUGAAAUUUUUAAUAAGUGACCCACUACUACACACCUGUUAUUUUUGUUUUGUAUGUUUCAUCAUAUUUUCUGGCUAAUCGUAAUGAUCCAAUAUUAACCUUUCACAAAACUAACAAAAACUUACGCUGCAAUAAAAUUCCUGUAACGAUUGAGAAUAAAAUUGCUCAAACGUAAUCGUAAAAAAUGUCCAAUUUACGACACGGUUUUUUUGUGUUUAUAUCGAGUUACAUAAUAUUUUUUUUUUCAUAAUUACACCGAAUUUUAUUGAAUUCGUUUGACAUUCCUUGACAAACAUUUUUGCUGAAAAUUCUUAAAUGUUCAUUAAAUGUUUUCCCAUAUCUUAGUGAAUCAUGAAAUAUUUUAUUUGUUAUUGUUUUUAAUUUUGAUAAUGUACAAAAAUAUUAAGUUAAGAACUGUACCAUGUGUAAAUACCAUAUCAAUGUUAUACCUGUAUUGUAUUAUUUAGCCGGAAGUUUAUUAAUAAUAAUUACUAUACGUGAA